AUGAAUAACUCAGGGCUGGAAACACCAAUUCGAAGGACCUCCUUUAAUCAUUUGGUGGGUACUUUGUCCCAAAAAAGGCUUUUUACGCCAUCUAGAAAUCGAACUAGUUUACCAUCUGCUCAGAGAACUGUUACACCCCAUAAACAACGAGCGUUAGCUAGAAAAAGUUCUCUUUAUAGAAGAAAGAGUAAUAUUCAUGCAAACAAAACUCCAAGAGAUAUACUCAGGGUGUUAAGCCGUGCUCUGGCAAAGCAACCCAUUCCCUCUCCAGCCGAAAACAGCAAUGGCAGUUCCCAAAAGAAGCGUCGUAGGACAUCUUCUACAAUGCCGAUAGCUCCUCCAUUUAGAAAGAGCUUAUCCAGACGCUCUUUGGAACGUAGAGACAGUACAAUUUAUGGGGAAGAAGCCGACUUAACUGCGCAAUCUAUUGAGGUACCGCGACGUUACUCUGCGAGAAUGAGUGAUAUCUUUACGCCGGAAUCUCGAAAAUUAAGCAACCUGCAAAAUCCAUUUACUUUUUCCAAGACUGUGGAGAAGGAGAUUAAUCGUGUCCAGGAGAGCGCUCUGAGUAAUUCACCCGACCAGCUCUUAGAUGUUGGCGAUGAAAUUCCUGUAUUUCGUCUUCCAAUGAGUGAUUAUGAAACGGCUGAUGCCGAAGAAGAAACACCCUCAACACAGAGAGCCAGUAUGCAAAUGAACCAGUACCAAAGCCCUAUAUUCACACUCAACUCAGAUCUUUUUGAAAAUGAUGCUUCUUUUUCUAGAGCAUCCGAAAAAGGUCGUCAAUCACUACACAAUCCCCCAGUCUUUGAUACUCAGCCUUACGAAGAUGAAGGAGGGUUUUCGGAAGUGUCGCAUAUAGAAUCUCCUACUCCUAGAACAGUUUCGAAAGGGAGUGUUUUUCAAGAACUGGAAGAGCAGCAAACAUCUGAUGCUGAGUCCUCUAGAAUAGAUGAAAUGCAAGGAAUUACUUCACCAAUUCAGCAGCCUGCACUAGAGGAAAGCUUUAAACAGCAGGUUCUCCCUGAUGCUGAGUCCUCGAGAAUAGAUGAAAUGCAAGGAAAUACUUCACCAAUUCAGCAGCCUGCACUAGAGGAAAGCUUUGAACAGCAGGUUCUCCCUGAUGCUGAGUCCUCGAGAAUAGAUGAAAUGCAAGGAAAUACUUCACCGAUCCAAGAACCUCCAAUAGGUGAUAUUAGUGCAGCAAACGAAGAAGUCAAUAACCAUGAGAAGAACAUAUCCUUGUUUGAUAAAGAUGGUUUCAAGAAGCCGAAACAAAAAUAUCGUAAAGCAUCUUCAGCAACUUUACCUGAUUCUAAUAUACGAAAAUUAGCAAAUGCGUAUUCAAGAAAAAGCCUUUCAUCAAGUGUCAUUGAAGAACUCUCAUCAGUAUCCGAUAUUUUCUUCAAGCAAGUCGCGGAGGAUCUAUCGGCUUACGCAGAUCAUGCGCAUAGAAAAACCAUUGAAACCGAUGAUGUCUGUUUGCUUCUAAAACGACAGAGGAAGAUUCACGAUAAAGUUUCCCUAAUGGGUCUUCAACGUUCCUAUUUAUCCAGGGAAAUAAAGCCUUUGACUUUUAAGAAGCGUUAA